AAAUCGUCUAUGGACGUACCUCUUCCCAAGCAGGCUGUGAGGUAACGUAAACAAAACGACCAGCCGGUGCAAAAACAGGGCAGCGUGCAAGGAAGAUAAUUUCUACCAUCUCAAAUGGUAUCAUAAAAUGAUAAACUCUCUACAAUCAAGUAGAUUACAGUUGCAAGAGAAUACCUGCCAAGUUGAAAGUUACAAUAUACCGGGACCAUCUGUGGAGGCGUACUGAAAAAUACCGAUAGUGUGUGCAAAUAUAAACAAUACAAUUCCAUUAUCAUCAUCAUCCUCCUCCAGUUUGCAGCUGAUAAGAUUGGACUGGACAAUCCAACCAACGUAUUGGACACACUGAGUGACAUAUAGUCUCCUACCGAGCUGCGUAUCAACAAGAUCGAUUGAUAACGCGAACAACGGGGAGCGCAAAUUAAAGCUCUUCCCACCACCAAAAUCCCAAAAACAGACAAAGUGUGAUCGAAACGAUGUUUCAGGCGUUGCAACGAAGAUCCUCCAAGCUGUCCGUACUACGGCAGGCCCGAAAUCAACAGCCCCGCAUCACAUACAGCUCCAGACGACGGUAUGCCUCAUCCGGCGAGGGAAGCAAAGGCGGCUCGGGCAAACCCAGCGGAGAUUUCUCCGACCAGGUAGAAGCGAACAAGGAUAAUCCGAUCUCGCGCACCCUAAAGCUGAUCGGGAACGAUGUGCAGCGAAUGAAAAAGUUCAUCCUACCGAGCAGUUACACAAAUCCAGGUGCUAAGGGGGAUUCCCCCGAUUCCGCGCAUUCGAUCGAAAACUACCUUGAACGGUACCGAAGGGACGGGUUCCAAUCGCACUGCGACGUGCUCGUAAUCGGCGGUGGCGGUGUCGGAUCGUCCAUAGCCUACUGGCUGAAGAAGCGAGCCCGCCAGGGUCUGAACGUGGUGGUACUGGAAAAGGAUGCAACGUACGCGCAGGCCUCCACCUGCCUGUCGGUGGGCGGACUGCGGCAGCAGUUUUCCAUCGUCGAAAACAUCCAGAUGAGCCUUUACGGUGCGGACUUUAUGCGCAACAGCCGGGACUAUCUGGGCGACGACGUUGAUCUUAACUUUACCCCGCACGGCUACUUGCUGUUGGCGAGUGAGGCGGGCGCGGAACAGCUGGAACAAAACUCGAAGCUACAGUGUGCGCUCGGGGCGAAGAAUGAGCUGCUGACGGCGAAACGGUUGAAGGAACGCUUUCCCUGGAUGAACACGGAGGGCAUUGCGCUCGGGUGCCACGGGCUGGAGAAGGAAGGAUGGUUCGAUCCGUGGGCACUGCUGUCCGGGUUCCGGAAGCGUGCCAUCGAGUACGGCGCCCACUACGUGGAGGGGGAGAUGGUUGGGUUCGGCUUUCGGCAGCAGCCGGACAUACUGGCCGAAGGCAUCGAGGAAGGCUCGUACGAGGGGAUCGAUCGGGCGUUCGUAAAGAUGAAGGAUGGUGAGAUGAGGGAGAUCAAGUUUGCCAUCGCCAUCAUAGCGGCCGGUGCGCAGUCGGGUGCGAUCGCCAAAAUGGCACGCAUUGGGACGGGGAAGGGCAUGCUCUCGAUACCGCUACCGGUUGAGCCGCGCAAGCGGUACGUGUACGUGUUCCAGUGUGAGAAUGAUCAAGGGCCGGGAAUCAACACGCCGCUCACGAUCGAUCCGAGCGGGACGUACUUCCGGCGGGACGGGCUGGGUGGGAACUAUCUCGGUGGCAAGAGUCCACUGCCGGAGGAGGAACCGCCGGUCGACAACUUGGACGUUGAUCAUACGUUUUUCGACAAGACGGUGUGGCCCAAUUUGGCGCAGAUGGUGCCGGCCUUCGAGGCGAUUAAGGUGAAAAACGCCUGGGCCGGAUACUACGAGUUCAAUACGUUCGAUGAGAAUGGUAUUGUGGGGCCACAUCCGUACUACAACAAUCUGUACAUAGCGACGGGCUUUAGCGGGCACGGCAUUCAGCAAACACCGGCCGUCGGAAGGGCAGUGUCGGAGAUGAUCAUUGAUGGUGGUUUCCGAACAGUCGAUCUCACACGGUUCGGGUUCGAUAGGAUCAUCGUCGAUCAGCCAAUGUACGAGGCAAACAUUUUCUAGUCCAAAGGGCGAGAGUUUGUUGAGAUUGUUACAAUCCUUAAAUAAAAUAUAAGUCAUACUUUCUAGACAAACCCCAAUUCUGUCGGUCCAUCU